AUGAGUGGAGUAUUGAAAAGGAAGUACGAAGAGCUGGGGGAUGACAGUACCUACUGCUCCUCCUCCUCCUGCUCCCCACUCUCCUCCUCGGCAUCCUCGGGCUGGGAGUCGGACGAGGAGAGCUCCCGUGGAGAGCCCAAGCCCUGCUCUGCCUUAACGCCCGGCUUCACCCCCACGUCUAUCCUGAAGAAAUCCAAGCGGCUAAAGAAGAACAAUGUGGAGUUUGACCGGGUCACUGUGUUUUACUUCCCACGCUGCCAGGGCUUCACGAGCGUGCCUAGUCGUGGGGGCUGUACCCUGGGGAUGGUGAGCAAGCACAGCUCCUCCCGGCAGUUCACACUAGCAGAGUUUUCCAAGGAGCAGGAAAAUGUUCGUCGGAAGAAACUUGAAGAGAAAUUAAAAGAGGAGAAGUUGGAAGCGUUGAAAUGGAAACUGACCAUGAACGGCACAAAGGAGUCGGAGGAGGCCAACCAGCUCACCAUCGAGGACAUCUCCGACGACGACAUCGACGUCAGCAACAUGGACCUGGAGGACGGCUUCUUCCUCCAGCCCUACCCCGCCAAGAAGAGGCGGGCGCUGCUGAAGGCCGUGGGGGUGAAGAAGAUCGACAAGGAGGAGAAGCGGGAGCUGCACAACAUCCGCCUGUCCCGGGAGGACUGCGGCUGCGACUGCCGGGAGGUCUGCGACCCCGAGACCUGCAGCUGCAGCUUGGCAGGCAUCAAGUGUCAGAUGGAUCACACCUCCUUCCCCUGUGGCUGCACCAAGGACGGCUGCGGCAACACCGAGGGCAGGAUCGAGUUCAACCAGGCCCGUGUGCAGACCCACUUCAUCCACACCAUCAUGAAGCUGGAGCUGGAGAAGCAGCAGCAGAGCAGCGAGAAGGUG